AUGGAACAGCCAGCAGAAUGCUUACAAACGAAGCACGGACGAGAGUACUUAGGGUUGAAGAAUGUGACACUGUCGGGGAAGAAGUGCCAGCCCUGGCUGAGCCAAACACCAAACGAACAGUCGACCAUCGUCCGCCUGUCAGCAUUCCCCGAUCCUGGCAUGGACAGUCAUCACAAUUAUUGUCGGAACCCCGAUGUCGAUAGGGAGGGACCUUGGUGUUACAACGGAGAGGGUACCAAUCCUGUAUGGGAAUAUUGUAACAUUGAGUUUUGCGAGGGGAUGAAUUGA